AUGGAACCGGUGCCCGAGACAGAGAGGAUGGAAGAGUUUAAGACGGCUGCAGUUCCUACUCUACGGAUUCUGGAAACGAACGACACCUGUCAGAACGAUCUGAGUAGCAGAGACAGGAAACCUCCCACCAUUCGUCGAUCUACGGAGCCAACUCCUUCCUCACCCCGUUCCCCGAUCACCACUCCCUCUCCAUCUAUACCAUAUCGAUCUCGAAAUACCUCGCCCUUCUCUCGAGGCCACCUCCGCUCCAAGUCGUCGACCAUGGUGCCUACCAUGUCGCGGACCCAAUCUCUGCCAGGGUUCAACGCCGCCGGUCAUCUACUGGCCUCGCCGCACAUCCGCCCCUCGAGUCCUAUGGGCUCGCCCAACCGGGUUCGAGCACCUCGAAAACCAGUCGAUGAUGUGUUCCCAGGCCUGCCGAAACGGCUUUCGAGGGAGGUAUUGAGAGACAUCAGCGAGACGGGAGACGUAUCCGAGGAACACACUCCUAGAGCUACGGAGUGGGGCAGCUCCCCUGUUAUCGGUCUACCACCCGCUGCGGGCUUUAGAGCUCGAAGGCCCUCCUCUCCUUUACGACAUCUGGCCCAGCAAAACGCUAUUGCUGCCAGUACUGCCCCAUCCACACCAUCAUCAGUCAAUUCCUCACCCUCAUACCCGUCUUACCGCUUCAAUGAUUCAUUUCUGGGCACCAGCAGCUACACAAGCACAUUCAGCUAUCCUGGAUCAUACGGAUCCUCUUCCGUGCCAUCCACACCCACUUCUACUCGGUCCCGAAGUCCCAGUAUCUCCAGCUUGGAGACCAUACCUGAUACUCCCGAUGCGGAGGAGGCUGCUCUGGAGGCUGAGCGGAUGGCACAAUUGAAGGCAGCAGCAGAUGCGGCGGACGGAGAGGAGUCCAAGACAAAAUCAGAUACUGCUGGUUCUCGUGGAAGAACGCUGGGAACUACCUUUGGCCGCGAUAAGAGGAAGCGGUGGAGUGUGUGUGGUGCCGAGAGACGAGGUGAUCUGAAUCUGGAUACGAUCUGGGAAGACUGA